AUGUCCUCCAUCGUUUGCAGGUUCUGUCAGACGUGUCAGAUUAUUCGACCACCGCGAGCUUCCCAUUGCCGUGAUUGUGACAAUUGUGUUUUGAGGUUUGAUCAUCACUGCCCCUUCGUGAACAAUUGCAUUGGGCAAAGGAACUAUAUUUUCUUCAGUGGUUUUUUGGUGUCUGUAGGGUUUCUUGGCAUUCACGUGCUGUUUGGCAUUGGCCUUUGGUAUGCCCACUUGAAGGGUGGUGGCCUCCCCGAAGAGGCGUUGACUUUGCUUUUAGUGGCGUUGGCUCCAGCAGUGCUGCUGUUGCCAUGUGUCCUCGCACUUGCUGGCUUUCACGCUUGGCUCAGCUGCACCGGGAGGACCACCAAAGAAGUCCUCACUUGGCAUGGUCGCGAGAGCCAAAGAAGCUCUUCGAACCCACGUACUCAGUGGUUUGAACCCCGAGUUCCUUCCUUGCUCCCUUUGUGGGCCACUGUCGAAGGUCGGCAAUCUUAA